GCACUUCGCGCCGCCGCCAUCGGCAGUUGAGGCGCACUCCAGACCACCGCAUGGAUGCGACCGACGGUGUUUGUUGACCACGCCCACCGCACGCUCGCACGCUGCUCGCCUUCUCUCCACGGCCGCCUCCUCUUAUCGUCGUCGCCACCACACCCGUGCGCCACCAUCGUGGACCCCGCCACCGCCGCCCUUCGUCGCCUGGUGCUCCGCCGCCCGAAGCCGCACGGCCUGGGCCCCGCUGCCCGCGCAAGACUCACUCCGGCCUGCUUCCACUUACCCAGACCCAGACCCUGUUGUAGCUCUACCGAACCCUCAUUUGCUCGCCGCGUACGGCUGCGCAACCUCAUCAACUACCACCUUCCUUCGCCCUCCCCACGAAAAGCCGCCAUGGCCGACGACAUCCGCGGCGACAUGACGCUGGACGAGUAUGAGUUCCCACACAGGCGGCUCCGCCGCAGCAUCCAGAGCAGCGACCGCACGCCAUUGAUCUUGGUCGCUUGCGGUUCUUUCUCACCCAUUACCUUCCUCCACCUGCGCAUGUUCGAGAUGGCCGCCGACUACGCCCGGUUCAAUACCAAUUUCGAGGUUGUAGGCGCAUAUCUCUCAUGCGUAGGCGACGCCUACAAGAAGACGGGUCUGGUCAAGGCAGAGCACAGAAUCAAUAUGUGCACACUGGCCGUGCAACAGAGCAGCUGGAUCAGCGUUGAUCCUUGGGAGGCAUUACACAGCGAGUAUCUCGAGACGGCCAAGGUGCUUGAUCAUUUUGAUCACGAGAUCAAUGAAGUGAUCGGCGGAGUGGAGACCCCGGUGGGCAAGAAGAGAUGCCGCAUUGCUCUGCUUGCUGGAGCGGAUCUGAUCCAGACUAUGGGCACACCCGGUGUGUGGGCCGACAAGGACAUUGACUACAUCUUGCGCAACUUCGGCGCCUUCAUUGUUGAGCGUUCGGGAACCGACAUCGAUGAGGCCCUCGCUACCCUCGGUACAUGGAAGGAUAACAUAUGGGUCAUCCAGCAACUCGUGCAGAACGACAUUAGCUCGACUAAGAUACGGCUGUUCAGACGACGAGACAUGUCAAUCCGCUACCUCGUUCCGGAACAAGUGGUGAACUACAUCGAAGACCACAAUCUGUACGAUGAAGACGGCGCUGCUAGCAGUGGCGGAAGCAGUGAGAAGGGUAAGCGAGCCGGUGAGAGUUCCGGUGUUGCCGCGAUGGAGUGAUGAGGACGAAUUACGAUAUGAACUUUUCGAAACAUUAGCGCAAUGGGAACGGUCUGCUUGCUACAUUUCAACGCAGGACAGGCGCCAAGUACGAAGUCACGAUCUUGCAAGAGCACUCGCGUGCAGGGGCCCGGUUAGAGGACAUGGGCGGAACUUCUGCUGAAAAGAGUGGGACUGUGGCCGCUUCGAAUCAGCUACGGAUGUAUGAAGGACGGUAUAUCCAGGGUACGAGAAGACGACGAUGAUGAUGACAGCAAUGCUUUGCCGCUUAAGCCGUCGUCAGUCUACAUGUAUUUGUUAUUUGCAGCGCACAUACAUGUAAUGAAGCGUCGAGGGGCCCAAAGGUGGGGCACAACAGCUGAUGUCAUCCACCUAAAAUCAAUGCUUCGAGCUCACAUUAAAC